AUGUCUAUUAAAUAUAAUUUUGCGGGUAAAGUAGCCUUGAUAACCGGGUCCAGUAGUGGUAUAGGUGCCCAAAUUGCCCGUAUGUUUGCCCAAUCGGGUGCCCAGGGAGUAGUCGUUACCGGUCGUAAUGCCCGAAAAGUUACCGAAAUUGGCCAACAGUGUCGCCAAUUUUACCCACCAAUAGGUACCGGUAGUUAUUCCGAUACUAAUGAUGACCCGGUACUCGAAAUUGUAGCCGAUUUGAACCUGGAGUCAGAUAUGCGUCGAUUAGCCGACACGACUGUCCAUCGAUUUGGUCGUAUCGAUAUACUAGUAAAUAAUGCCGGUUUCAGUACCCGAUCGGGUAUUCUAGAGGACAAUUAUGUCCGAAAUUUUAGGAGUGUUUACCAAACAAAUUUGGAUUCCGUAGUAUAUCUAACACAUUAUUGUCUGAAAUUUAUGUGUCAACAUCCGGGCACUGGUAGUUGUAUUGUUAAUAUAUCCAGUGUUCGCAGUACUCAUACGAGAUUAACGGCUUCGGCCUAUUGUAUGGCCAAAGCAGCGCUGGAUAUGUUUACCAAAUGUAUGGCCGCCGAGUUGGGACCGUUAGGUAUCCGAGUUAAUAGUGUUAAUCCCGGUACUGUUGUAACCAAUUUUGCGUCGGUAGGCGCCACUGAUGGUAACCCGACUGUGGCCAAUAAAAUUGCUGAGCAAUAUGAGCAAUGGGCCCRGGUAUACCCGAUUGGCCGACCCGGUCAGCCCAGUGAUAUAGCAUCGGCUGUACUGUAUUUGGCCAGUCAGUCGGCCGAGUUUCUGACCGGUACGUUGUUGGUGGCCGACGGCGGACACCUUGCAGCCAAUGCACAGAUUAAUUACUAA